AUGCUGGAGUCCCAGCUGAUCGCUGUGCCAACGAGGCAAUUCUGCUUGACAAGCCGUCAUGGCAUCGCUAGAUACUCGCAGCAAGCCUGCAAGCAAGAGGAUCUACUUUCGGGGCUUCGCCCAGCACUUGAGCACCGUGGGCGCAUGCGCCAUAUUCUGGUCGUGGCACCGACAGACCAUGGUCAAGAUAGCCUUCUGGGCUACUUGUCUAGACACCGCUCGUGCACCGGAAAAGCUGUAUCUAAGAAGCUUCUACCGAACACGAAGGAGCGUCAUCAGAGCCAGUGGAUUUCGCUCCCUCUUCGGUUCGAUCCUCCGGAUGACCUGCCCUGCUUGCUGCACCUCGUGGCCCCACAUUUUGGGGACACCCAGCAGAUCACAGACUGUUUUCCGCUCGUGGAUGGUCUUUUAGUCGUAGUGGAUUGUGCAGAAGGCUUGACUGACAAUUUCUGCACCACCUUUGGGUCCGCAGUUACACAUGGAUUGCAGCCGGUCCUGUUUCUGAACAAGCUUGACAAGCUACUGGCCCUGGAGCCUGACAACGAGCUUUGCUACCAGCGGCUUUCCCUGAUCGUGGACAGGCUGAACGGCGCGAUGGACGGCGUGCCCUCUUUGAGGCCUUUGAAAGUGGAGGACGGUAGCAUCGUCUUUGGACGUGGCUCUCUGAGUGUCGCAGAGUCUAUUGGUGGCUGGGGCUUCACUUUGGAACAGUUCUUGAUGGAGAUGGCGUCUCGCUUAUGGGGCGAUCAUUUCUACAAUGGCCGCUGGCGGAACUCUGACGGUGAGCGUGGCUUUUGCAAGUUGGUCCUUCAGCAAAUCCGAGGCAUCUACGCCACCUUGGAGGCUCCAGAGGAUGUGGGCUUAGCCCGCUUGCAGGAGCUUGGCGUCACUCCGAAGGAAGGGCUUACUGGAAAUGCCUGGAAGCAAAGCGCAAUGGAAGCGUGGAUGCCCUUGGCAGACGUCUUGCUGGGAGCUCUCACUGAGCAUGUGCCGGCACCGCAGGCUCCGCCUUCCAACGCCGUCUUCUACGCAUCGCGAUGCGUUGAGUCGACCGACGGACAGUGCUUCGCCUUUGGCCGUCAGGUUUGCCCGCAGAAACUUCCCGCUGCUCAAAACAUUCCUGAAACCUCGGCUGCUGCCUUGGCCCCGUGGCUCCUUAAUGGAGCCUCUGAAGAAUUCAGAGGUUAG